UCUCAUACCUUGUAACCCCGACCACCAUGAAAACACAUCUACACUUGAGCCCAGGCCUCCUGGCAUUCACAGUGCUCAUUGUCAUAUAUUCCCCAGUGAUCUGGUGCCAAGAAACCCGACCAUAUGAUGUCUGUUUUGAAUCCGUUGAGUGUGGAGAGCUUCGACUAGAGUACCCGUUUUGGGGUUUAGAUCGUCCGGCAUACUGCGGCCACCCUGGUUUUCAGCUAAUCUGCCAAUCCAAUGUUCCCCUACUCAAUUACGAAUCAGUAAACUACCGAGUUUUGGAUACGGAUACCAGUACACAGAUGAUCACCAUCGCUAGAAACGAUCUCUGGGAAACCUCUUGCCCUCGAUUUCUAUACGACACCUCCUACAACUCCACGCUGUUCAACCGUGAUAAUUUUCCGCAGCUGAAUGUGUCUUUGUUCUACGGUUGCAAUAGUAGUAGUGCAGUGAUACCUUUGAGCGCUAAUUACAGAUUUAGUUGUAAUGUGAAUGAGACCCAAAGUGACAGUUAUUUCAUAAGAAAUGAUCAGCUAAUCCCCAGCGUGGCUAAUUUCUUGGAUCAGUGUCAAAAUCGCAUCGAUGUACCGGUGAAUCAAUCUUCAACAGCUCGAUUGGCGGCUGGGGCGGCUACAACAGAUGAUCUGAGGUCAGGUUUGACGGCCGGUUUCCAGCUACAGUGGACGGCGAAUAACAAUGAGUGUGAUCGGUGUAUUCGGUCGGAUGGUCAAUGUGGGUCAAACUCGACGUCGCCUGAUUUGUUUGCUUGCUACUGUGCUAAUGGAAAUUUCUCGUUAACUUGUAACAAUUCGGAUGGAGGUGGAGAAUCCAAAGGAGCUGCAAGGAAGCUUAUAAUUGGCAUUUCAUGCAGCGUUGUUGGCAUCUUAUUCGUGAUGUUUGUCAUUCUAUAUAGAAAAAAGAGGUUAUGGGAAUCUCUAGGUGCUCUUCGGCUAAAUGGAAAGUUUAAUUUUCUGGGAACCACCAGAAAUCAUCAAAUAGAAAUAUUCAUAAGGAGCUAUGGGACUAUGGCCCCAAAUAGAUUCAAGUACUCACAAAUCAAGACAAUGACAAACUCGUUCCAUGACAAACUGGGGCAAGGAGGAUUUGGAAGUGUCUACAAAGGACAAAUGUCUGAUGGGCAACUAAUUGCAGUAAAGCUCUUGGGUAAUGCCAUUGGAGACGGAAAUGAUUUCAUUAAUGAAGUCGCUAGCAUUGGUAGAACUUCUCAUGUCAACAUAGUGAAACUGUUAGGAUUCUGCUUUGAUGGAAAGAAAAGAGCCCUCAUGUAUGAGUUUAUGCCAAAUGGAUCUUUGGAUAAGUUUCUUCGUGGUGAUGGAUCCCAUUUAGACUGGAACACAUUAUUCCAAAUUGCAAAAGGGAUUGCAAGAGGUCUGGAGUACCUACAUCAAGAUUGCAACACAAGGAUUGUGCACUUUGACAUAAAGCCUCACAACAUUCUAUUGGACGAAGAAUUUGUCCCAAAAAUAUCUGAUUUCGGACUGGCUAAGUUGUGGAAGAGCAAGGAGAGUAUUGUAUCUGUAACAGGUGCAAGAGGUACCACUGGAUACAUGGCUCCUGAAGUAUUUUUCAAGAGUCUUGGAGGUGCAUCUCACAAAUCAGAUGUAUAUAGCUAUGGGAUGAUGGUUCUUGAAAUGACAGGUGCACAUAAAAAGAACAACUCUAACGACACAAGCAUGAGUGAAGCAUAUUUCCCGGAUUGGAUAUACAAGAAAGUAGAAAGCGGAGAUAAUCUAGGGGUUGAUGGGGUGACAACUGAAGAAGAAGAGGAAUUGGCUAGGAAGUUGGUGAUGGUGAGCCUGUGGUGCAUCCAGUCAGAUCCAUCAGAUCGGCCAUCUAUAAGUAAAGUUGUAGAGAUGUUGGAAGGAAGCUUUCAAUCAUUACAAGUUCCACCUAGGCAUUUCUGGUCAUCUCCCCCAAGGCAUGCCCACGAAAAUUCUCCAUCAGCCACACAGAAUUUGAGCAGCGAUAGAAUAUUAAAAAUGCAGGCUACCGAAGAAGAAUUAUCUUCAUGA